AUGGUGGAAGAUAGUUUGAAAGACCUACAGGGCAGCUUGCGCCACGACUUUUUCCAUGGCUACGCCACUGCUGCAACACAGGUUGAGGGAGCAUGGGAUCGAGACGGAAAAGGCCCUACGAUCUGGGAUACAUUUGCCCAUACCUCAGAUCGAGUGAUAGACAAAAGUACUCCAGACGAAGCUGUUCGCUCUUAUGAUUUGUACAAGCAAGACGUCAACCUAAUGAAGUCUUAUGGGGUCAACGCGUACCGGUUCUCGUUAUCAUGGGCGAGAAUAAUCCCUCUAGGCGGAAAAGAUGAUCCAGUGAAUGAGAAAGGAAUUGAAUAUUAUUCAAAUUUGAUUGACGAACUCUUGAGAAAUAAUAUUACUCCCUUUGUGACUUUGUUUCACUGGGAUGUUCCUCAAGCACUAGAAGACCGCUACGGAGGCAUGCUCAACCAAGGAGCUUAUAUCCCGGAUUUCGUCAGAUAUGCAACGAUGUGUUUUGAGCGUUUCGGAGACCGUGUGAAGCAUUGGAUAACAUAUAACGAACCUGGGGUUUUCGCACUCGCUGGAUAUGCAGCAGGCGUUCAUGCACCGGCAAGGUCGUCCUUCAGAGAUCGAAAUGAUGUUGGUGACUCUUCGACAGAACCGUUCAUUGUUGGGCACACACAACUUGUAUCUCAUGGACAUGUUGCCAAGUUGUAUCGAGAAAAGUUUAGACCGACGCAAAAAGGAGUGCUCGGUAUCACCCUUCACGGAAAUUGGUCCGAGCCGUGGGAUUUAAGUGAUCCUUUAGAUCAGGAAGCCGCGGAACGCGCAAGAGAGUUUGAAAUCGCCUGGUAUGCUGAUCCAGUCCAUAAAUCGGGAGACUAUCCGGCGUCGAUGAGAGCUCAACUAGGUGAUCGCCUGCCUCGUUUUACGGAGGAAGAAUCAAAACUGGUUUUAGACAGCUCAGACUUCUACGGAAUGAACAGCUACACUUCAUUCUUCGUUCGCCACAAGACUACUCCACCGGAUAUCAAUGACCACAAGGGAAACAUUGAUCAAUUCGACGAGAACAAAGAAGGCGUUUCUAGAGGGCCAGCAAGUGAUACUUAUUGGCUCCGAACCUCUCCAUGGGGGUUUCGGAAAUUGCUGAAUUGGAUCUGGGCGCGGUAUUACAAGCCAAUCUAUGUUACCGAAAAUGGAACAACGACGAAAGGAGAGAAUGAUAUCAACCCUGCUACUCACGAAUCUCAGAUUAUAGACGAUCAAUUCAGGAUUGACUUUUUCAAGGGUUACGUAGGGGAACUUGCCCGGGCAGUCAAAGAGGAUGGUGUAGACGUCCGAUCGUAUUUUGCUUGGACGUUUACGGAUAAUUGGGAAUGGGCUGCUGGAUAUACUGAUCGAUUCGGGGUUACGUUCGUUGACUUCGAUACGCCCGAUAAGACUCGAUAUCCUAAGCAGUCUGCAUACUACCUGCGGAGCUUGUUCGAACACCUUAUAGCAAAAUAA